AUGGAGCAUCACGCUCCCCAUAAGAGAGCCGUAUUUGAGGGCUACUACGGCAAAUUCGAUCUGCCCUCCGGUGGUCAUCUCGCGGUGAUAAUCUGCGAAGUUCGCGGAGCUAAGAGCAAACCAUUCAUGGUAUCCUUCACAUACGUCCCGAAAGAUUCCACGAAUGUGUACCAGAAGGAAGUAUGGGCCGAAAAAAUCGAGAUGGUCACGGAAUCCGACAACACGAGCUUUCGACUCGAUAUUCCCGACAUAGGCUUCGUGCGAUGGGGCGCCGAUUCUCUGUCUGAAUAUGAUCUCUCACACCCAGACUUUACAUUCAAAGCUAAGACGACAUCAAGAACACCGUGGGCGGACGGAACGAGUACACCGGAGAGUCUGCUUGUACAUCUUCCACUCCCAUUGCACUGGCACGUCCACUCGCUAGCUUCUGCAUGUUCCUUCUCAUUGAGUAUCCCCAGUAUCGAGCUCCAAUCUGCAGAUUCUUCUGGCCAUGCGACUGUGCACGAAGAGAAGAACUGGGCCUUCAGUUUCCCUUCAGCGCACAUCUGGGUACAAGGUCGAGACGGCGCGAACGGGCUCUGCUGCGCGGGAGGUCAGAUUCUCGGUAUGGAGGCUUUCCUGCUAGGCUACCGAAGCAAGGAUUUGAACAUAGACUUCCGACCUCCUUUCGCAGUGCGCUUCGCUGGACUCAGCCCUUUCUUAUCAUAUUCUCAUAACUGGGAAAAUCGUACAUUUGAGCUCAGUGUGCAAAGCUUCCAGCAAAAGCUGAUGGUCAAGGCUUCUGCUCCAAAAGGAACGUUUUUCUCCUUGAGCUCGCCUUUUCCGGAAGGUCACAGAGAGAAUUAUCUCGGACAAAGUUUCCGAGCCACUAUUGAGGUUGAGAUAUAUCAGAGUAGCUGGUUCGGGCCAUGGCGACUAGUCCGAGAGGACAAAUUCGAGAAUGGCAGUCUUGAAUUCGGAGGAGGAUAUUACCCACCCGCAGGAAGCUCCGAACGCUAUCACUGA